UUCUGCCGUCAAUGUAACAUACCCUUUUGCACGAUUCGAACUGGAAAGUCUUUUUCCUUCAUUUUAAUAUUCUAUUCAGUAUUUUAUAUCCUCUAUUAUUACGUCUUAAUAAUAAGUGAUACAGAGCAACUAUCUAUUAGUGAGAGAUAACAAUAUUACAUAUGUGCAACGAGAUAAAAGAAAAAAGGAUAAUUUAAUAAGAGUGCGAUGGGAAAUAAAGUGGCGACCUUCACCGAGGAGCAACUUGAGGAUUAUCAGGAUUGCACUUUUUUCACGCGCAAGGAAAUCCUGAGAAUAUUUAAGAGAUUUCGUGAGAUAGGGGACCCUGGUAUGAUACCACGUACUAUGACGCCGCAAGAAGCGGCGUCUCUCCGUCUACCUCUUUCGUAUUUGGCUCGUAUUCCCGAAUUGAAGGAGAACCCAUUUAGGGAACGUAUCUCGGAAGUUUUCACGCGACGCCAGGAUUCAGGACAUGCGACGUCCGGCUGUGAUGGGAUGUGCUUCGAGGAAUUUCUCGAGAUGAUGUCCGUGUUCUCCGAGCAGGCACCGCGGGAUCUGAAAGUCUUUUACGCCUUCAAAAUUUACGAUUUCGACGAAGACGGAGUGUUGGGUCUGGGAGACCUGGAACGCACCUGUCGGCAGCUGACUCGAGGUGGGCUAAGCGCUGAAGAGAUAGCUACCGUGUGUCGAAAAAUUCUGGAGGAAAGCGAUAUUGACGGCGAUGGGGCUCUGUCUUAUUUGGAAUUCGAACACGUCGUCACCAGAGCUUCUGACUUCAUGGCGACUUUCCAUAUACGAAUAUGAACUAACACGUUCAACAAGCAUUACGUACAGUAGGAUGCUGAGUGGUUUAGAUACGACGAAGUUGGGGGCUCACAAAAUUGUCAAAAUUAAGAGUUAUUACGAACGUAAUAAUAAUAUAAUUAAGAACACUAAAUAAUAUAAUCAAUAAUAAUAAUGAUACUAAUAAAAAUUAAUAAUAAUAAUGAUUAUAAAUAAUCUACUUUGGCAAGCACAUCACACAGUAAUGAUUCUCAAUUUUUAAUAGUUUGGUGAGCUCCCAACUUCAUUAUGUCUAGACUAUUUUGCAAUUGUAUACAUGAAGUAGAGAAUACCAAUGAAUUCUCAAGUAAAUACAUUAUUCGCGCCUAAUCGCCGAUAAAUACACCUGUGUUGAAAACGAGCUUUGAGAAACGGGACGGACGGUAACUUCAAGACGUAACUAGUUUCGUAAAUUAUAUUCCCUUCGUCCCAUUUCAGGUUGCGCUUCGUGCGAUAUAAUUAGCGUCUAUUCGCCCACGCCCGCUGGAGCUUAAUGAAGAUUGUCGGCUGUUUUUAGACGGGUUUUUCGACAUAGCCAGUUUACACCUCGACAGCGAGCGGGGCUGGCGAUGGAGGAGUACACGCUCGGAGAUUCCCCGAGGCGGAAAAGAACGGCUUGUGCGGUAACGCCUAAAUCAUAACGCAUCGCGAACGAACACGUCGGAGACCCAUAACAGUUCCUUGACCCGCGACUGUUGCCGGUCUCAUCACGCCAAUUCAUUGUCGCUGUUCGAAGUGAAUUGUAACUAAGAAGAUAAUCUCCAUAAACGUCCGCGCGGACUUUACACGUCUAUGUAUGAAACGAAGUUGAUGUCCUGCACCAUUAGUUGUCCGCUGAUCGUGGCCACGUGAAAAAUGUCGUUACUGAAGCAUCGCGAAGUAUACUUCACAAAAUGCUCUCUUAAUGCGCCACUUCGUCGGCAACCUUCCGGGUUGUCCGCAGAUUGCUGCGUCCUUGAAAUGUACGCAAGAAGGAUAAAAAAUGCAAUGUAAUUUAAUUAAUAUCGGCUAAUCAGCGUGACGUACGCAUGCGCGAAAAUUGGCCGCACGGAAAUGUCUGCGACUCUCAAACUCUGUCAGUAAAUACAAAUUGACGGAGAUAAUUCGCUACAUGAGAUUCUCAACGACGAUGUCUCAGCGUCGCCGAGCGACGCGGUGAAGUACAUAACGAGCUUAAACGAAAUCGUCAGUUGCUCUCGGCGAUCCUUCGCGAAACGCGCGAACUGGGACUUUCGCAAACUCACUGUAGUAAUUAUCAGCUCGAUAGACGAUUAACCGAGGCGCGUUACUAUACAGGGCAUGCCAGAAGUCGCGCACUCAAACCAGAGCACUGAGAAAAAAAUAUUUAAAAAUUUAUUUGGGGGGGAAAGGGGGAGAUAUAAACUUUAUUUCUGUGAACAAAUUUUUAAGUAUUUUUUCUCGUGUAUUGUGGAACUGUUCGGAACGGAGAUUUCGAUCAAAAUAAUUCCGUUUUUCCUACAGAACACGAUAAAAAUCUAUACUGAGAGAAAUACAUAUUUAAAAAAUAGAAAGUAUUCGGUGGCUAUUAAUAAUAUAUUUAUUUCAAACUAAAUCAUUUUAUAUUUAAAUAAA